GAGUCGAAGAAAGAAAAGUCUGAAGCAGCCAUGGAGAUAGCCGCCACUGCCACUGUCUCCGUCGCGCCGCAAUCGCGCCGAUUGUGGAAUGUAUUUUCCAAAAAGCUAGUAACUUCUUCUUCUUCUUUUCUUCGGUUUGGUUUCUUCGAGAGAAAGUAUUGCUUUGGGAGCUCUAGGCUUCGCGUGUCUGCGGCCUCCAUGGACGCCGUCACUGCCGAGAAAAUUUCGCCGGCGGCGAGCUUCGUCGACAAGAGAGAAAACGGAGUUCUUCAUUUCGUGAAGUACCAUGGCCUCGGCAAUGACUUCAUUUUGGUGGAUAACAGAGACUCAUCGGAACCUAAAAUCACUCAAGAGCAGGCGGCGAAGCUGUGUGAUCGAAACUUUGGUGUUGGUGCCGAUGGAGUGAUCUUUGCAAUGCCAGGAGUCAACGGUACCGAUUACACCAUGAGGAUAUUCAAUUCAGAUGGUAGUGAACCAGAGAUGUGUGGCAAUGGAGUUCGAUGCUUUGCCAGGUUCAUUGCUGAGCUUGAGAACUUGCAGGGGAAACAUAGUUUUACAAUACAUACCGGUGCUGGCCUAAUUGUUCCAGAAAUUCAAGAUGACGGACAGGUUAAGGUUGACAUGGGCACACCGAUUCUUAAGGCAGAAGAUGUGCCCACUAAGUUGAAAGGAAACAAAGGUGAAGCUGUUGUUCAGGGAGAGCUAGUUGUUGAUGGAGUAAGCUGGAAUGUGACGUGUGUUAGUAUGGGCAAUCCUCACUGUGUGACAUUUGGUAAAAAGGGUGGACCGAAUCUGAAAGUUGAUGAUUUGAACUUGCCAGAGAUUGGUCCAAAGUUUGAGCAUCAUGAAAUGUUCCCAGCUCGAACUAACACAGAGUUUGUGGAAGUCUUAUCACGUUCUCAUUUGAAAAUGCGUGUCUGGGAGCGCGGAGCAGGAGCAACUUUGGCCUGUGGAACUGGAGCUUGCGCUCUGGUCGUUGCAGCAGUUCUUGAAGGUCGAACCAACAGGAAAUGCACGGUGGAUCUACCUGGUGGACCAUUGGAGAUAGAGUGGAAAGAGGAAGACAACCAUAUCUACAUGACGGGUCCUGCGGAACCUGUCUUCUACGGAUCAGCGCUGCUCUAAAUGGGCCUUCACGGUCAAUGACUUGUCUCUCACAAUUGUUGUGCUUUUAGGGUCUCUGUAUCUAAUUUUAACCGUGCUAAGCUCUUAUCUGCCCCACCUAGAUUUUGUGCUUCAUGAAUUUUUUCCUUAUGUUGUUUAUCAUUUUCAGAGUUAAAUUUCAAACCUUUUGAAUAUUUGCGUUUAUGUUCAUACAUUUAAAUC